AUGAGUGACGCCUAUGAACGAGAGCAGCAGAACAAUGCGCUCCUGAAUUCUCUUUCCUCCAAAGUUUCCGCACUCCGUGAUGUGACGAUCAACAUCCAUGACAAUGCUCGGGAUCAGGAUACACUCGACCAUACGAGUGAUGUGUUCUCUUCUUUCUCGACGAACCUGAAAGGCAGCGCUACCCGUCUCACACGCAUGGCGAAGCAAGGCGACACCGUUGCUGUUCUCAAGAUCGCCGGAAUGUGCAUUGCGGCCGGUGUCGUUCUCUACAUUAUUCUCGGAUGGAUAUUCUAA